AUGAAUGUCAAUAGUAAUAAUAAUAAUAAUACAUUCUUAUCUAAUUUCAGAGAUUUUACAUAUAAAGAAUCGGAAUAUUUCAUAGAUUGUGAAAGAUUCACAGUUAAAGAGAUUCAAGCAUUCGAAAGAUUAUUCAAAGCGAUCGACACUGAUUGUAAAGGAUACAUUACCAAAGAUGACUAUAGGAAAUAUACAAAGACAUUGAAAAGCAACAUACUUUUACCUUCCUAUGAAAGUUUUCUUAUAUAUCAAAAUAAUACUGUUAUAACUUAUUACUACUUUUUAACAACACUAAGUUUACUUGGUCUUAGAAUUUUAAAUAGUAAUGAAGAUGAUAAUAAUAACAAUAAAGAAUGUAAUAAUAAUAAUAAUAAUGUAAAUGGUGAAAAUAAAACAAAAAAACAACAACAACAACAACAACAAUCUGCUCAAGUGUCACAGAAAGAAUCAGUGGCAACAGAGACAGCCAAAUCAACUACUACAACAACACCAAACACAGCUACAGCAACAGCAACAACAACAACAACAACAACAACAACAACAACAACCACCAGCUCAACUCCACCUGUAACAACUUCGAUAUCCACAACACUAAACACAACUACUACUACUACAACAGCAACAGCAACAGCAACUACAGCAACAACAGCAGCUCAAAAGAAACCAGUAUCUACUGUACCUACCUCAAGUGGUGACAACAUACCAACUGCGACAGCAACAACAGCGUCUACUAGCAACGGCAGCAACAAUUCUUCCACCAAGAUAAAGGCUGCAUCAUCUCUCAAUUUACAGAAAAGCAGCAAUACUGUUACCUCUAAAUCAUCUUCGUCCUCUCUUUCCAUUAACAAAUCAUCACCUACGACAACUCUAAAACCAAUACAACAAUUGCAAUCAACAAACAACAAUAAUAAAAAUAGUAAUAAUAAUAAUAAUCAAAGCAAUGAGGGUGCCAGUGAAAAGAAACAAAUUUCAACAACAGACCCAUCACCAUCUCAAGCAACAACAACAACAACAACAGUAACAACACCUGCAACAACAACAGUGUUGCCAAGUGAAAAUCAAACAGUAGUCUCUACUGUGGCUAAUGAAAAGAAACCUCAGGUGGAAUCAACAACAGCUACUACGACCACUACUUCACUACCAACAGUAUCAACAAAUACAAUGGAACAACCAACGAAACAAGAACAACAAACAUCAGACGUAAACAAUCACAAAGACGAAAAUAUUAAUACACCGCUACCACCACAAACAAAUCAACAACAACAAACAAAGCCAAAAACAACCGAAACAAUUGUAAUAAACAUACCAACUAUAGUAUCAGCUUCGCCAUCACCGACAUCACCAACAACACCAUCGCCAUCACCUACAUCACCCAACACAUCGACACCUCGAUUCAGUAGACUAGGUACACACAGACAGUCACAGAAAUAG